CAUAACUCACAAACACAUCAAACCUCAUCAAUAUAUAUACAUUCCUCAGAAACCUCUAAUCUCUAUUUCCUCUAAAUCUAUAUAACACAUUUCACUUACCUACCCACCAUUGGCAUUGGCAUAUACUUUGCCUUCAAGUCAUUACAUUUUCGCCUUGUUUACGAGAAGAAAGCUGCUAGCUAGGAAUGGAGGCGGUGACAAAGAUGGUGUCCGAGAGACCUGUGGUGAUCUUCAGCAAGAACUCAUGCUGCAUGAGCCACUCAAUCAAGACCUUGCUUUGCGACUUUGGGGUGAACCCAGCAGUGUAUGAACUGGAUGAGAUGCAAAGAGGGAGAGAAAUAGAGCAAGCUCUGUUGAGGCUCGGAUGCAACCCAUCUGUGCCGGCUGUGUUCAUUGGUGGCGAAUUUGUUGGUGGAGCCAAUGAAGUCAUGAGUCUUCAUCUUAAGCGCUCCUUAAUCCCCAUGCUUAAGCGCGUCGGUGCUUUAUGGGUUUGAUCAAUCUAAUCAUCAAGUUAACCAAGUACUUGCAUGACAACCACGCUAAUAAGAAUAUUUAUUAGUCAUGCACGAGAGAUAUAAGAUAUAGAGCAUGUGAGAGUUCCUUUUUCAAAUAAGGCUAACUAUAGCUACUUGAUUGGUACUAA